CAUAUGUCAAUCAAUACAAAAAUUUGAAAAUACCUAAAAGUUUUUCUAGAGCGCGUAUUUACACUUUACAUUAAUUUAUAUUUCGGUGAAGGGACUUUAUAUAAGCUAUAUUUUUUUAUUUAUUUGAGAUGAAUGUUAAUACAGAUGAAAGCAAAGAUUUAGAUAUCACUUUAGAAGAUGGUGCCUGGCUGGAUUCUUUCGACAAGUUAUUGGAGCCAAGACCUGCAUUGCGGGAGUUAAAUAUUUUAAAAAAAGAGGUGCAUGCAUCAUUUAAUCGAGACUCUAGUGUUGAAAAUAGCAUAAGUAGUAAGGGAAAUGAAUCGUCGCUUUUGAAACCUUCGCAGGAGUGGCCAAACGAUUUAAACGAAGAUAUACAAAGCAAAUCCAAUUCAAUUUCUACUCCCCUGGUGCAUCGUGGGCUUAAAGUGGAUCCAUUUAAAUGCUCAUUAUCACCAAUUGGUGCCUGGCGACUUUUAUAUUUUGAUAAGGGUAAAAAUAUUAACAAGGACGGUAUGUGUUUCGCAAAUCAAAAAAAGCGUUUAAAUUGUACACCUUUAACACCUAGUAUACAAAUUGUUGAAUGCGACGAACCAGUUAAAAAGACUGCUUUCAAUGCAAUUCAAUCUCAAGACUCAACUCCAGCAUUGAAUAGACAAACAAAUCGGUUCCAACAUGUAACGAGGACUAGAAAUACCAGGCACGUUUGUUUUGAGUCAACAAAUAGCAAAACAACUCAAAAUUUAAAGGAAAAGUCAGAAAACGUUGUGACAAAUGAGAAAGAUGAUGGCAAAGGAGACGUGCGAGUUCCUAGUCUCACUUUGCAGCCCGGAAAGUGGCGAAAAUCAAUUAGUGCUUGGCGACGCAAACAAGUCGAAAAACACCCAAAUAAUUUGGCAGGACGACAAUCAGAUAAACGCAACAGUUCUGUGGAAUUUAUUGGUUUCGUUGGUACGAUUGUUGGUAAAAGAAAAUCUAUCUUUUUAAAACCUGAGCGCAUUUCGGAAAAUGUGUUAAGAAUAAGCACACCUGAAAAUCAUGAGGUAUGGGAGCGCCGAGUUUUGGAUCGCUGCAAUCAAAGAUUUCCUCUACCAUUUGAAGAGCUGUAUUCUGCAGAUAAAUUAACAAAUUGUAUGAAAAUUGGUGAAGGUGCUUAUGGUGAGGUAUUUUUGAAUACAACGAGUAAGCGAAGAAUGCCAGAUGCGAACAGCACGGUUAUGAAAGUUAUACCGAUUGAAGGGGACAUUGAUGUCAAUGGAGAGAAACAGAAAACAUUUGAACAAAUAUUGCCAGAGGUGGUGAUUUCAGUAGAAUUGGCAAACUUGCGGACAGAUGUAAAUUCAGCAAAUUUUACGUGCGGAUUUGUAAAUGUCAGAAAGGUCGCUUGUGUUAAAGGCCAGUAUCCUCAACAUUUUAUAAAGCUUUGGGAAAUUUUUGACAAAGACAAAGGCUCCGAAAACGAUCAUCCCGAUAUAUUUGAUGACUCACAAAUUUAUAUAGUACUGGAAUUGGAGUUUUGCGGUCGGGAUUUAGAAAGUUUCCAAUUUCAAAAUGCCGAGCAAACGUAUGGUGCACUCCUUCAGAUUGUUUUAACAUUAGCAGUAGCAGAACAAGCAUUUCAGUUUGAACAUCGUGAUUUACAUUGGGGAAAUAUAUUAUUAUUGAGCACAAAUGUAAAAGAGUUAAAAUUUACUUUGGACAAACAUACAUAUUCCGUGCCCACAAAAGGUGUUAAAGCUACAAUAAUCGAUUAUACGCUCUCGCGUAUGUCUUUUGAUAACUGUUGUCACUAUAAUGACAUUUCCUCUGAUGAAGAUCUUUUUACCGCUUCCGGAGACUACCAAUUCGAUAUUUAUCGCAUGAUGCGGGAUGUCUUAGGCAAUAACUGGGAAUCUUUUGAACCACGCACAAAUAUAUUUUGGAUAUCAUACAUAAUUACAAAAAUGAUUGACGGUGUUAAAUAUAAAAACAUCCGUAGCAAGGCACACUCUACAUAUUUUUCAAAGCUCAAUAAUCUCAUUGGCAUUGUGAUGAAUUUUAAUAGCGCUAUCGAAUUUUCUAAAUAUUUAAUGGAUUCACAAGUUUAGCAUAUUUUAUAUUAGUACUUAUUUUUUAUAUUUGACAAUGGAAUUUUUAUUUUUUAAUUACUGCGCGCGAACGCAAUUUUAAAUAUGAAUGUUUGCAUGACAAUUAUAAUUUAUUGAUUCUCAAGUUGAUGAUAGCUUAAUAAUAGCACAGAUUCGAUUUUACGACUAAUUUAUAAUUUAUUUUGACUGACACUUUAUGACUUUAUUAUGCCGUAAUCUGAAACUAGCUUGUUGUUUCUUGUUUUUAAAUUUUAAUUUUAUUUUUGUUUUAUACACCUUUUGAAAGCCUGUAAUAUAUUUCUUCGAGAUUUUUCAUUUCAAACCCAAAAAUAAAUGCAAGGACAAAAGCUCUUUAAUUAUAUUAAAUAUUUCCCAUUGUUCUAAUACUUGUCGUAAUGUAUUUUCUGUAUGUGCAAAUAUUUUUUUAGUUGGUUUAAGAGACGAUGUAAUUGCAAUAAAAUAAAUACAUAUUUGUCAU